AUGGCCGAAUGGGGUAAUCUGAUUGCCUUUCAGACCACUAAUCACAGUUUCUUUUCUCCAUCCAACAUGAUUCCGCGACACGCCCAUAAGAGAUCACUUUCGUCCGAGCACCGGUCGUUAUCUCCUGACCGGACUGUCAUAAAAGCAAAGUCGACCACCAAUCUCGCCGAAGUAGCUGCUCCCACUGCAAAAUUCACAUCAUCCAGCUUUGACGAAAGCUGUUUCAGCACCUUGCAGGACCCGCGGUUGAUGGUCGCUCCGGAGGUUUCAGAUUCGACGUCAUCGUCUCCUCACCACCCCGAUUUGAGCAACGAGGUUGCAGCCUUGUCUGUAAAACUGAUACAGGCCAUCAACAAUCAAACAAAUCUCGAUGAUAGCUUGGUUGCUACCCGCCAAGAGCUAGAGCUAGCUCAGGGCAAGAUCAAAGCCCUCGAGUUUCAGAAUGAAAAAUACCGACGAGAAAUCGAAAACCAAACCUACAUCAAGAAAUUCGACUCUGACCGUGUGAUUUUGCAAUUACGGGAGGCAUUAGCGGAAGAAUGUAGUCAGCGUGCUGCCGUUGAAAAGGGCAAGAAGACUAUUGAGCAGGAGCUGGAAAGUCUUACUGCGGCUCUUUUUGAAGAAGCUAAUAGGAUGGUUGCAGCGGCCAAGAUUGAACGGGAGGCAGUGGAGAAGAAGAAUGAGCAGCUACGUGCACAGGUUAAAGACACGGAGUUGCUCCUGGCGUCUCACCAGGACCAGCUCGCCGAACUCAAGUCUGUCAUGCAAGGGAUGAACCUUAACAAGAAUGACGUUGAAUCCCGUCUCAAUACUGCCCCACCAUCUCCGGCUCGCCCACAAGAGCAUGAUUCUGCCAAAGAAGAGCUGGAGCUCGAAUCCGUCCCUGUGUCGAUCAGCGAGCCCGAGGAGCUUAGCCCGGGCCCUUCCUCUAGUUUCCCGCAGCUCAUUCGCAUGAUAUGCCGAACGGAUUUGCAAGCUUAUGAGGACUUCCGCGAUCUCCUGAUACUCUCUCGGAGCUCCAAACCUCCUAGUCGUGUUGCUAGUGGGUCAUAUGGUGGUCUGAAUGUGAUGAGUUUCGCAGGCUUCGCUACCGGCGGAACUUCCUCGGCGACCUCAUCGCCCACCAAAGUCUUCAGCCAUUCGCCCAAUGGGAGCACGUCCUCCAUAACCGGGUCGCACAUCCCCUUGAAAGAAACUCGUUUCUACAAGCGGGUUCUCAUCGAGGACAUUGAACCUACGUUGAGAUUAGACCUAGCGCCGGGAAUCUCAUGGCUGACACGGCGUACUGUCUUGAAUGGCAUCUGCGAAGGCAGCCUUGUCGUAGAGCCAAUGCCCUCAGCGUCCAAGGAAUUCGAAUUCCCCUGCUCUGUCUGUGGUGAACGCAGACCCGGCACGAUAAACGAGAGAACUCAUCGAUUCCGAACAUCGGAUAAUGAAAAUGCUCAGAGGUACUCGCUGUGUCUUCUCUGCGUGGAACGAGUGCGGUCGUGUUGCGAAUUCACCGGGUAUUUGCGGCUCAUUCUUGAUGGACAUCUGCGGGCUGGCGAUGCCGAAGAAGAGAAAGAAAUUUGGGACGAGACCAUCCGCCUCAGAGAGAGAAUGUUCUGGUCCCGGAUCGGAGGAGGCAUCGUUCCAUUGUUCAAUCGUUCAAGCGCACCAGAGGCACUGCCUGAAGUCCCCGAUUCUAAUGCGCGUGCCGCUGAUGGCAACGAUGACCUAUAUCUCCACCCUGUAGAUGUUACCCACAUCGACUCCAGAGUGGAGAAAACGUCGCUGACAGUGGAUCACACAACCGAAACAUCAACCAUGGAAGCCUAUGCUGAUCACUAUACCCACGCAGAUGCUCCUCGGCCUCAAAGUUCUAUCUAUGACAGAGAGGACGUCGAAUCUCUGCCUGAUUCAGCACGCAAACGAUUCUCUGUCGAGUCAGCAGUAAGCGUCUACGAAGAAGCAAGCGCUGAUGUGGUCGUCGAAGCCAUGCAAACCGUCUCCAAUGAGCCCUCGGCUCAUAAUCCCGAGCAUGACACAGAACAUACCUCCACCCCCAUUGCUUUGAGCGUCGAUACCACAGAAACUGUCCCUAGAGAACCCUCAGAUGUUCAGAAUCCCGACAAAGACACAGAACGUACCAAACACAUCGGUUUGAGCGACUCUUGA